AGAAUGUUGAAGUCUCUAAUAAAUUGAGUGCAGAAGAUUUUAUUAAAGUUGAGGUAGAAAUUCAAGAAUUUAAAGAUAUCGAAAUUACUGAUGAAGAAAUUAUCAGUUAUGUAAAAUCAAUUCCUGAACCUGAACCAGAAGAUGAAGUAGCUGUUGAACAAAAAAUUGCUACCAUCCUUUCUUAUGUUUUCUUAUAUUCAAAAUCCACCCGAAAAUCUUACUUUUGA